AUGGAAUCAACAAUAACUAACAAGCUCAAGCCCCACGACAUAUCCUUCAUCGUCCCCAAUAGAUUGAUCGAUGCUGCGUAUCGAACUCUCCAAGCUGCGGGGUUCACACCCUGUCCUGAGAGCGAUGUCGAAGCUUGCGAACGCUUCCAAUGCCCCGAAGACGGAAUGAUACCAGCAAGACACUUUCAUAUCGAGAGCUACUGGAUUGUUCCCGCGCGUACAUACUACUUGAAGCUAUACGGGCACGCGGACACCCUUUUCUCGUUUCCGGAACCCACUCUGAAUGACCCGUCACGACAUAAGAAGUACUACAUGUCAACUAGGGAUGAACGCCUCCCUACACAAAUCGGGCCACUGCACGAUGAGACUUUGAUGCUAUACGUCGAGCUGAAUAAAAGAGCAUCCGGGGACCCUUACGAGCUGGAAAGAUAUAAGAUCAAGAUCCCGAACCUCACCAUGCUCAUUCACGCUCUCAUCCUCUUACGCUGCCGAGACGAGGGCUACAAUAGUCACUGUGAUGAUGAUUGGUAUCGGAUGCUCUCCUCUAUCCGUUGGUAUGUCAUCGAGCGGGGGAAAAUGCAGAUCGACAGGCUGGAAGCGGUCAUCCAGCCGAUUUGGGAUAAGCUAGAAAUACAGUACGGGAAUCUUUGGAUAAGAGCUCUGCGGAAGAAGCUUAGGAGGGAGGGCGUCCUGCCGCCUCCGUUCGUUGAUCGGGCCUGUAGGUGCUUCCGCGAAUUGGAUGAGUGA